GUAGAGAAUUCCCAUAAAGUUAUUAACAAAAGGUGGGUAACUAAUUCAGAUCUUAUCAUCAACAAGCUGAUCAAUUAAUUAAGAAGGCAAUUGAAAAGGAUGAGAACAGGCAUGAGAAGAUCUAAUCCUUUGUGCGCAGCAGUUUAUCUGCUGAGCCUGACAAGCGUCGCCGUCCUCGCCGACGCCAGCAACUUCUGCGCCACCGCCAUGAACAAGAAGCUGUGCGAGGAGACGGUGAAGGGGGCCACCGAUUGGAACCAGGCCAUCACCAAAGCCGUGACUACAGCCUUGAACCAGAUAGAAAAGGUUGACCAUGGCCAAGUCAAGACAAGCAUCCACCAGACCAAGUCCGCCUCCGUCGGAAGCGCCGUCGACCGCAUGUGCACGGAGGCCUAUGCCAACGCCAAGGACUUGUUGCAGGAGAGCCUGGACUUGAUAAAGAACGGGGACAAGACUUUUAGCUUGAACUACAAACUGUCGGCGGCGUUGACCAGCCUUGAGGACUGCGACAACGCUUUCGAUGAUUUCAAAGUGGACGUUGCCAGUGUCCAGGCAUUGAACAACGACAUUGGUCAAGCCAUAAGAGUUUGUUUGGCUGUUGAUAAAUCCAAGUCUGCCGCCCGGAAAUAAUCAUCAUCAUAUGAAUUAACUUGUAAUAAUUAAUAAUAGGUAGAUGGGAGAUCCGUCUCUCAUCUCUCUGCAUGCAUGCCAUUCAUUAUAUUGCCGUCUCUAAUCUUCGAUCUCUUCUGUACGUGGAGGUUGAUGGAAUAAGAUAACGUCCGUGUAAUACGUAGUAGUGUUCAAUUCUCUUCGCUAUACUUUAAUUUCUUUUAAUGAAAGCCUAUUGUGUUACUCUUUUUCUUGACAAAUUUUCCUAAUUUAGCUCAUAAAACACAAUAGUGUUCUAUUUUUUCACCUAAUAUUUGUGGAAAUAAGGUCAUGAUUACCC